AUGGAACUGGGUUUGGAAGGCAUUCAAGGACUUUCUGUUUUGCGUUCAUUCAGAUUGCUCCGUGUCUUUAAACUUGCAAAAUCAUGGCCUACCUUGAACAUGUUGAUCAGUAUUGUAGCAAGGACGAUGGGUGCACUUGGUAAUCUAACCCUUGUGUUAGGAAUCAUUGUGUUUAUCUUUGCUGUGAUGGGACAACAAUUGUUCGGUGAAAGUUACGAAAAGCCCGAAUGUUUUGAAGACAAUCAAAUCCCGCGUUGGGGUUUUCGAACCUUCCUGCAUUCCUUCAUGAUUGUAUUUCGAGUGUUAUGUGGUGAAUGGAUCGAGUCUAUGUGGACCUGUAUGGAAGUGUCAGGCUAUGCCUGCGUUCCUUUCUUCCUGCUGACAAUGAUCAUUGGAAACCUCGUGACAGGUAAGCCCCUUCAUAUCUAUCUAUCUAUCUCUCUAUCUAUCUAUCUAUCUAGCUAG